AGGGAACCCGAACCUGUGUCUGGGCAGAGGUGGCGCGGCCGCGGCCCGGCGAGCCCCGCCGGUGCCCGGGGGGCAGCCUCGGCCGUGGGGGGUUCGCUCAGGGGCGAAUGCUCCGGCCCGAACCAGCGCGUCCCGCCCGGGGCUGCCUCCCGUCCCCAGGCCGGGCCGAGAGAAUAUCUGGGGACAGGUGGCAGCGCCCCCAAAUUCUCCCUGGGAAUCCCCUCGCCACGUGCCUUUGCAGUUUGAAUUCGGCCUCUACACUUCUCUCUUUAUUCCUCCCCCUUUUAUGGCUUUUUGGUUCUAGGUUACAGUUCCAAGCAGUUUCCUUCUUCCCUGGCCUUCCUUUCGUCAGUUUCAUUGGCAAACUGAGCUAUCGGUAACAAACAAACACAAAAAGCCAAUGCUUCGAUAGCAGGGGGGUUUUAAUGCAUUUUUUUUCCUCUGCACUUGUACAUUGUUGUGUGUUUUCCUAGAGCUGCCGUCCGGACUGACUGAAAUCUCUCUGAAAGCACAGACUAGGCUUUGAUAGAGGCAUUAAAGGCAAAUAGAGACUUGGCUCUGUUAAUUCACCUGUUAGUGUCCCCACCUGCUGCUUCCUUUGCUGAGUUCUAGGCAGCACUUCUGCAGGUCACAGGGCAAUUACUGUCCCUGGAUAGUGUGGAUGACGAGAUUAUACUUGGAAUCAUGAACAUCAAUGAUUUUGUAAUACUCCCGGGCUCAAAAACUGGAACCUCAGUGAGAUUAAAAGCAAAAACUGUCAGAGAAUUGCAGUUGGAGAAAGAGCAGUUAGAAACAGAGAACAAAGAGAUGGAGAAGAAGUUGCGGCAACUGCAGUCAAAUAUGAGCAGAGAAAAAGAAGAGAGAAAGAAAUCAAGUGCUUAUCGUUGGAAAUCUGGACAGGCAGGACCAAUGACCAUCCAAGCCCGGGUUUUUUCACACAGCAAAGAAAACCAUAAUAAGAUUUCUUCAGGAAAAGUGAAGUUGCAGAUACUCAAAGAACAGCUUCAAGAGCCAAUGAAAGGAUUGUUUAGGCAUGAAAUGGCAAAUGCUGGAGCUCAUGGAAAACCCGAAGUGGAAGAGACAGCAUAUGGACUCAUUGGAAUUAAGAGUACACUGCUGCAGGCAGAAGCUGAUACAUGUGUUGGAAAAUUGGAAGCCGCUGAUGACUUCAUCAAGGAAGUAAAUCCAAAUGAACCAAAAGUUAAUCAUGAGCAGAAGAAAGUAAAUAGCAAGCAUCAGGUCACAUCAGACAAGUUUUCAUCUCUGCCAGUGUCAGUAGGUGGUGCUGAGGAACAGCCCUCAGAAACAACCUGUGAAGGCCUUGAAAAUGAGGACAAAGGACUGUUAUUAAGAGGUACAUUCAAUGAGGAGGAAUCUGCAAAGUCUUUUCAGGAAGCUUUGAUUCAGUGGAGAAAAGGUAAUUGCGAUCACAGAGAAGAACUGCGUACCAAUCAGGUCCUAUCAGUAGAAUCUGUGGGAAUUUGUGAGGUACAGACCAAUCUUCCUGUUAAGAAGGAACCAUUCCAAAUUGAAUUCAAGAAGGGCGGCCUGAGCUACAUGGAGAAACUCUUACUAAAGAAAUACAGAAGAACGCCUGUUGAUCAAAUUUCUGGUAGUUGUGUUAAAGAUUCAAGGCCUCUGCAAACACUGAGUGUACAUGAGGCUGUGACUGGAGAAGGGGAAGAAGAUGAUGAUGAUGAUGUCGAUGACUUAACAGUUGAAGAGGUGAAGAGGUACUGGACAUCUGUUUUUAGAGAGGAAGUAGCUGACACUAUUUCUGAAAAUGCAGAGUGCUCUUUGAAAAUUGAAUUCCUUCAUGAUUCCUAUGAGAGGCACUUGGAAGAAUCGUCUGACUUGUUGGUGAUGGAAGCCUGGGGUGUGGGAAUGAAUAAGCAAGGAAAAGCUGAAGCACCGGAGCAGUGUGGAAGAAAUCCUGUUUCUUCUAAAGAAGUUUCUCAAGAAAAAAUGGUUGUCUGCAGUCAUCUUGAAAGAAAUACAGUGCAAAAGGAGGGUGUUCCACUAAAUACUGAGAGGAGAUUGCUUAGCUCCUGCAAACUCCCUGAGAUCAUCUCAAACCCUUCUGAACUAAGGACCAACAAACCUCUUAUUGAGACAAAACUGCAGAAAAACCAUAAAGAUUCACAAAAACCGGACAGUGUCUCCAACAGCCAGAGUUUGGUUUUGCCUGGAAUUACAAAGUCUUCAGUGUUACAGGAUGUAGCCAAAAGACAGAAAUCUGUUUCUACACAGUAUUUGGGACUUGAAGGUUUCUUUAUUGUAGGUGCAAAUCCUAAACAAGUAAUACCUGAAGGACGUUCUUCACGCUCUGCUGACUCUGGCCCUAUGGACAGUACUAUCCCAUUUUCAGUUUCAGGAGAUAGAAAGUGGGUCCCUGAAAGGAGCUUAAGUGAAUAUGCUGAUGGCUCUGUAGUUCAAGAUGUCUUAGAAAGUCAAUUGAACCAAACUUCAUGUGGUUUGGAGACUCAAAAUAGCAUUUCUCCCCUGAUGGAAGCGUGGAGGUCAUACCCAGGGAGUUAUUCUAGACCGUGGUCAACAAAUACGCUACACCGUAAACUGACUGCAAAUUGCCCAACAGACACACAGCCAAGACCCAGGAGUUCACCUCUGCAUGCGUUUAGAGCUGAUACGGAGAUACCAAAACACAAGUGCCUUGAUGUAACCAAACACGUUGACUAUCUUUGGGAAUGUGCUGCUGAACAAGAAGCCCUACUUGCUCUGGAAGAAGAAUUACAAACUUAUACAGCUCAUGAAAAGCAUUACAGCUUAACUUCUGAAGAUGUGACCUCUGCUGGCAGACACCCAGAGAAGAUAGGUAGAAAUACUACAGAUUUCCAUAAAAAACUUGAGCUAAAAGACCACAGCAGACUUGGUGCUCUCAGGGGCUGGGAUGAAAGCCAAAUGGAGGACGAGGAAGAAGUUCUGGAAGAUAAACAACAGGUUCUUGCAUUGCAAUGAGCACGCAAAGAACACAAUUUUAAUCUUUGCGUAUCGUGCAAAACCAAGAAGCAGUCGAAGAGGUGUCUUGAAUGCUGUUCAAGAUGUUAUUUAUUAAGGAUUAUUUUGUAAAACUGUCAAUAAAAAUUCUUAAAAGUC